UACAACUUGGUCAAUAACUUCAGUUUUUUGUAUUUAUAGUUUCCAAUGAUAUCCUCCCACAAGGCCUCAAAACAACCAAAAUCCCAUCAAGAACAGUAUGGGUUCAGGAAAAACUAGGGCUAAACCGACUAACCGUCCAUCAGUGAGACACCCGAGUCACAAUCAUCCGUUGCGGGUCUUCAAAUCCAAAGAAGAAGAUGAGAUCAUUUGCUCUGGAUGCGAACGUGAUCUAAUUGGGGAAGCUUUCAAGUGUACAAAGUCAGAGUGCGAUUACUUCUUGCACAAGUCAUGUUUCAACCUUCCCGAUGAGAUCUAUCACAAGUCUCACACAAAUCACCCUUUGACCUUGCUCCAUUCUCCACCAAAUGGCCUAUCCACUUACACGUGCGAUGCGUGCGGUGAGUAUGGAUCUGCUUUCACUUACCAUUGCUCGGAGUGCAAAUACCAUGUUCACGUGGGAUGUGCGUUUGUCCCUGAGAACGUAGAGCGUGAAGACCACGAACACCCACUCACACUACUUUACAACACACCAUGCAAAGGUCGUAAGGACGGAGUGAUGUUCAUAUGUGAUGUUUGUGAAGUAGAUAUGUCGGAGAAUCUUUGGGUGUAUUACUGCAAAGAAUGUGAUUAUGGGACACAUGUACAUUCAUGUGCGACAUAUGAAGAUAAUGAGCCAAAGAAAGGAGAAGAAGAAGAAGGAGAAUCAAGCUCAUCAUCGGCUUCAAGGAUAAAGUCAUUAAUGGAGGCUGAAAAAGAAAUGAGAGAGAUGGCGAUUAUACAUCAACUACAGUUAGAUGCUCUUGACGCGGCGGGUAGUUAUGUCGGUUCAUGGGAACCAAGGAGAAAAUAUUAUUGGUGAAAUGAUGAAUCUUGGGAGGACCAUCAAACUUUGUAUAAAUUUUUCUCUUUUGU